AUGAUUUUUGGUCAAACAACCCCUUUUCUUCUCCAACUCUCCACCUUGUUCUUGGCCGCCCAGGCCACAACAACCCUGUUGAGGGUUCCUGCUACCGUCCAGCCGGUGAAAGGAAGUAUUGUGCUCAACUUUGGUGGUCCUGGGGAGAUAGGGCGGGCGACGUUGGCUGGUUCUGCGGUCCCUUUACAAGCGCUCUCUGGUGGUCAAUAUAAUCUCAUUUUCUUUGAUCCACGUGGUACUUCGACCAGCAACAUACCAUUCACCUGCUACAACACCGAAUACAAACUCGAAAAAUUCGCUGAUCCUCAAACUACACUGGAUGCAGAUGACGAGGCUGCUUUGGGGAGGCUGUGGACUCGAGGCACAAUCGAUACAAAUACGUACGCACAGAAACACAAUGUAAUCGGCACGCUUAUUGGUACUGCGUGUACUGCCAGAGACGUGAUGAGUAUUGCGGAAUCUAUUGGUGACGAUGGGCUGUUGAGGUAUUGGGGGUUCUCGUAUGGAACCACAUUGGGAGCUACACUGGUAUCCAUGUUUCCAGAUAAAGUCGACAAAGUGAUUUUGAAUGGGGUUCAGAAUCCUCAUGAAUACUAUCAUUCAUACGCUGAUAUCGAAGAGUGGGAAGUAGCAGAUCAAUCAUUCUCAGGAAUGUUCAGCAGCUGCGUCACAGCCGGUCCAGAUAAAUGCGCCUUAGUAAAGAGUAACCCCAACGCAACAGCCGCGGAUUUUGAGAAAAGUUUCUUUGACCUAGUGGAUACCCUGAAAAUGCAUCAUAUCGCAGUUGGCGGUCUGAUGGUGGACGAUUCCUUGCUGUAUACACUCGCGGUCAAUUCUCUCUACGCCACGUCAGUUUGGGAGGAUACCACGUCGAUAUUCGACAUGCUCUUAACCGGGGAUAUUGAUAAGACUGUAUUCCUGGACUUUGUCGGACAGGUUGUACCAGUUGAUAAUGCAACUUUACUUACAAUAGGAUCCGUGUAUACGGCUCUAGAAGGAAUUCACUGCUCAGAUCGGGCUCCAGCAGCUCGUGCAGGAACUUUUGAGAAGAUUCUACCAGCUAUAUAUGAGCUGUCAAACACGAGCAAGAUAGCAGGUCGUGCGGACAUGUCUCUCACUAUGACAUGUGCGCAAUGGAAACUAGAUGCAAAGGAACGCUACGAAGGCGACUUUCAAGUCCGUCCAAAGAGUCCGGUACUUCUUAUUGGGAAUAUGUACGACGGACAUACGCCUAUAAAGUAUGCAUAUAACGUCAGUGCUGGAUUUGAGGGGAGUGUAGUUCUUGAAGUUAAUGGAUACGGUCAUACCUCUCUCGGCCUGCCUUCCUUGUGCAUUUUGAAGACCACUGCGAGCUAUUGGGUCAAUGGUACUUUGCCAAAGCCUGGGACUGUUUGCCAAAUUGAUGCACCGCCGUUUUCCAACAUUACCUGGGUGAAUGUAUUUGAACAGAUUUCUUAA